UUGUAUUUUUUUACUACAAUACAUCUCCGUGAAAGAACACCAAGAUAAAAUGCAGCUCAAGAAACUUUCGGACUUGUGGACCCACGAGAUCAUAAUGGAUGCCCAAGAUAACAUCUUGCAUACAUCGACUUGCCGCCAGUGGCCCAAAUCGUGCUGGAUGUUUGUGAAGAGCAUGUCCGUGAUGCAGGCCCUGGGCAUGGACCAGCAUCAGUUUCUGUGGUUCUCGAUGACAUUAAUGGUGAUUUCCGGAUUGUUAUUGACCUAUAUAUACAAGCGUAAUAUUUUCAAAUUGAGGCAGCAGCUGAUGCUCGAGCAGCAGCAUAACCAGUGGCGCUACGAGCUGAGCAUGGACAAUUUGCUCACCAACAUACAGCGAAACCCCGAGCUGCGCAACGCGACCUUUAGCGACACUCAGCUUUCGAUAGGCGCCUUGUCGCAGAACGACUCCAGGAAGUCGCAUUCCUUCACCGCUUCGCCGCGGAACGCCUUGGAUAUGGACGUUACCAGAUCAGAGAAGACCAAGAUCUCGCGCAGCCAAUCGACUCAGACUGUAAGCAAUCGCGCACGCCUGCCGGCCAACACGGCCAACAGAGGUAGGCAGUUCGCCCAGCUUCCGGACAAUCAGAGAGGCAAAUAUUCGCAGCAGCUAACUGCUAUGAUUGCGCGCAGUAAGAAGACUCCGAUCUGGCGCCAUUAAUUGACCAAGGACAAGGCUAGAAUGUUAGGUUUUUUAGAUUUUAAUAUGUUUUCCCCU